GUCGACAAUGAAAGAUAAACGAACAACAUGAAUGAAAGCCACGCAGUCCGAGUUGGAGAUGCAAGUCUUUAGGUAAAUCCUCGACUCUAUGGCCUCCUGGUCACAUGAAGCGUCUUGCGGUUGAGAUACACACUUCCCCACAAAAUAACGCUCAGGACAUGAGAAUUCAAACAAAUGACGUCGGAACAACUUGAGAUGUGUUCAAUAUAGAGCUCUCAUCGCCUCCUUUGAAUCACAUCUUUCUCUCUCCGACAUCAAUCACAGUCAAUCCAAUUGAGGAAGCUCAUCAAAGGCUGAAUCAAAGACGUUUUAUCAAAAUAAAACACGCACACGACAGCCAUACAGCUACACGUCUAUCAACAUGCCUCGCCAAGUUGACAGCUACCUCGAGCUGCUUGGUCACGACAUCAUCCACGGCGCCGGCUGGGAGCCAACCACCCGCGUCCCUCGCGCCGACAAGACCGCCCCCCUGCCCGAGCCCGAGCACGGUCUUGCUAUACCGGGACUGCCCGCCAGUGGAGGUUCGUGCCAGGGUCUCACUAGGGGUCCUGAAGCAGGACAGGGUCAUGGUUCCAAGUAUGGUCCCAAGAAGUUUCGACUUGGUAUCAUCUAAUGAAUGAGAAUGAAGCUAUGAAGCAUCGGGACGCUUAUUCAAUAUCAACUGUGCGC